GGACGGAACUGAAUUCCGCAUGCUUUCUCCUUAAGAAUUUCUCAGCAAAACAAACUCUAACCACGUCACUGGCUGCCUUCCUGUCAUCGACAGUUCUUUCAGGAUGAGCGAACCUUUGGUCCAAUUCAACAGUCCGAUGGACCUGCUGCCAGGUGUGGUUAAGCGGUACAGGGAAGACCUCUCGAAGUUGCCGCCAGAACAGCAAGCAGACUGUGUUUUUUUGCCCUUCGAGGCGGGUUCCAAGAGCAGGCGACAAACGCCGUCCGUGACGACAGGGAAGACAAAGCAGUUGCCGGGUGGGCCGUCGGACGCAAAUCUUCCCUCGCCCUCCGUGAGGGAAGGUCGUGAUUUUGCUCAAGGUUCAAGCGAGGCAACGGAGUUUGAUGACAGGCUUUUGCACAAGCGCAAUGUUGGCCGUGAAAAUUCUCAGGGAAGUGCAAUUGCCCUGGACGAGGACAACGACGAGGACGAGGAAGGAGGAAGUGUCGGCCCGCAUGAAGACGGAGGUAAUGAAGCAGAUGUGGAAGUUGGGGAUGACAACAUGCAGGACCGGGGCGCGCUUGCUGACGAGGACGCCGACACGCCAAUGCAUGGUCAUGACAUCUCGCCCGUCGGCGCUGUGGGAGCCGCACGUUGAGUAAGGGUGGGCACGACUCACAUGCAAUGCAAGGACCGAAGGCGAAGAAAAGGACAAGGGAGACUUCUCCGUCUNCACGACUCACAUGCAAUGCAAGGACCGAAGGCGAAGAAAAGGACAAGGGAGACUUCUCCGUCUGCUUCUACUCACAAGAGGCAAGCCAGGACUGACGCUGUCAAUGAGGCUCGUGGAGCUUUGACAGCGUCCCAGGAGGCGCGGCCUCCUCGGAAAAACAGCCAAGGGGGGCGAUCUGGGGGUCAAGGCGGUGGCCGUGGGGGCGGUGGCCGUGGCGGGGCGCGGAAAGGCUCCCAGAGGGUGAGACCACARGAGCUGCGGGACUCGGGMGAUGAGGGCGAGGGAGUGGAUCCUCGCAUGCCUGAAGAUGCUGAUGAGCCGGUUCAGCGCGUCGYGCCCAUCGACACUACGCGUUGUUUCUUCCUCGAAUAUGAUGACCAAGGCUUUGCUACGCAAGACGUCCAUGCUCUUCACGUGGACGUCAUGAGAAUAAAACAUAUUCCCCGCGGAAGGAUUCUUUUCAACCACCGCUCGUUGUCUAAAAACAUUGUGCGGGGCAUCGAGAAUGCCAUCGAAAACUCCGUCAGCACGGACCCGGGGGCGUGGGAUAGGCCCGAGCUCGUGCUUGCGCCAGUUGACCGCCAUGACAUUGUCGGCGGCCAGGGAAGACGGAUCACACCGACCGAAUUCUUGGAAAGGGACCCAGCAGAGUUUGACUGGUACGCUGUCUGUGGUCAGCAUACCGUUGAUGCCAUAAAGAGAUUGGUCAGAAAGGACUCCCCGACAGUUAAAGUCUAUGGCCUCUACGCGUACUCUAAGGUGCGGGUCGUCUAUUUCAGAGAUGAUCAAACACGAGGGUAUUUCAAUGUCUCCUGCUUCGACAACACACGAAAAAAUCGCUCCAUGAUGUUGUCAUUCGAGGACGCUGUCCGUGACAUCAGGCAAUGGCGGAUAGACAACAAUAGAAUCGAGGCCCCGAAAGCCAAGGUCAGCGAGAAGGAUGCGGUGGUCGUUGCACAUCAGAAGACGUGGCAGAACUUCUUGAGGGCCUGCAUGGGGAAGGCAUGCGACAAGGCGUUUGUAAAGCAAGCGCUCGAGAAUGAGUACAUGUGGCCGCUGAUCGAGAGGUUCUUCGAGAUGUUCAACGAAGGAAAGCUGUCAGUUGGCGAUGGCAAAAUCCCGCUUGACAUGCCCGGGAGGAUGGAAGGCCGCCUGUCAGGCCCGUACACUGACGAGACCAAGAAACAAAGAACAUUGUACCAUUGCAUAUAUGCAACAGAUGGUCCCAAAGGCUCCACCGUGUCGUGGAAGGAUCUCUGUCCUUCCUACUUCAAAAAUUUUGGGGAUUUGACAUGUCGUGAGAGGGAGGUUGCGUUGCUCCUGCUCAUGAAGGGGAAGGUGGUCGCAACGAACGUCAAGGUCUUGCCUCCAAGAGUGAAUACAGAGUGCCUCCUCGACAUCAUGCGAAAGGAGCGGUACAUGGUGCGUAUGUUCAAUUAUGUUCUGUUCCGCGCCGAGAGAAGGGCAAACGACGAAUGGAACGACGCGUUCUUCAUGUCGUACAAGGACCUUGAAGACAGGUAUGGGCCAAACGGUCUGUGCGCUGCUGAAUGGGAGAAGGAACGGGACAAGUUACAUGUCAAUAAGGUGAAGAUGGUCCCUCGACGACUUGGAGGAGUGGAGGAGGCAAGGCAAGGUGCGGGCUUGGGGCCUACGACGACAAUGUAUAAGGAGGCUCCGUUUCACCUUAAGGUCUUCAUAUACACUGCAAUCAAUAAGCUCGAUUUGCUUCGCGCCGAGGUGAAACGGAUCGCCUCCAGUGCCCGUCAUAUUGUGUGGGACAAACUUGGCAAACAAACGACGUUGCUACCUGUGUGCAUGCCAUCGAAGGAAGUGUUGGCAGCGCCAGACGACAUUGUCGCUGCAAUGCAAAAAAUGACAUGCAGGGCCGCCAUCUUGGACAUCCAAUCCUCGAACUUCAGCACGGCGUGGACCUCUCACGAAUUUGAUGCCUUGCACACAUUGAUGAACAAGUGUUGUGGCCAGAAUUGGGUGUUUUUCUUCUUUGCGCCGCAGAAGGUGCAAAGCGAUGUUCUGCGUCACUUGUUCCGCUGGGAGGACGUCGAAGUCAUCCCCGGGACCUGGAAACGGGUGGACAGGCCACCGAACGACAUCACACGAUAUGGCAAUAUGGCUACAACGAGUCGAGAUAUGAUGACCAUUGUCCUGCACGCCGAGAGAGGGGAUCUGAAAAAAGUAACUGUCAAACCCCGACUCCACAACGACCUCACAACCGUGCACGUUGUGGAGGAGAAGUUCGGGAAGUGUCAAGGAAAACACGGUGGGAUAGAGGGCGAUGAUAGUGCGGUGUAUUCCAUCUGGGAGCGAGAACCUGGAAAGUUACGUUCGUUGUGCGGGUCAUUUGUUGGAGACGCGGAAGGUGUGCUUUUGUUGGGUAGAGCGCACGCAGGUCUUGUGUGGGAGUUAUUACUGGCAGGUAAUAAUGUCAUUGACUGCGACGAGUCGGCCAAGGACAUCGCAUAUCUGACAAAGUUCGUCGAUAUACUUGUGAAGGAUGAGAGAUUCGACUGUCAUGUCGAGAAGCCACGUUGCAAACAUCGUAGCAACAGGGACAUGUUCCACAAGUUGGGACGAAAGAGACUGAAGGUGUGGGAAUACCUGUUCCGCGAUGCGCGGCAAGGACGGCUUGACGGGAAUUACAUCUACAGGAAAGCAAAGGCGACGAAGACCCUGAAACAUUACCACGGUGCUCUUACUGGCGCCUUUGAGACUUUUGUUGCUCGAUGCGAGAUCCUGAAGUUCGAUCUUCAUAAAGACCAGCUGACGUCCAAGGACUAUGCUGACCUCACGAAAUCGGGUGACGUCUUUAACCCCGUCGACAACGAGGAAGACUCUUCGGAGUCCGACCUCAAAUUGGACAAGGACAAGGGUGGUGAAGGUCCGACCAGUGGCAUGGUGCGGUCACACGAUGAAGGGACCGUUCGCUCGCAUGAAAGACCCGUACCGGUGGCCACCCACAGUGUUGGCUCGAUGGUGGCCCCCAUGGAGGGCACCGGUUUGCCAAACAUGGGAAUAUGUGGUCCCAAUGAUGAAGAUGACAUUGAUAUGCCAGGCGAGGCGUCGAAGCUCGCACCAGACGAUCCAAUUCCUCCCGGCUAUUGUGCUGAUCCGGCCACAAUUUAUUUCUUGGGGGGCAAACACGCCCGCACUGGUGAGGACAAGUGGGGCCAUGACAUCGUGUGGCAUGAGGGCAUUUUUGAGCCUUGCAUCCAAGAUGGGGAGUGGAAGAUGGCGGUCAAAUACACACGCGGAUGGCAGACGUUUCGCCGGAUGUCAAAGGACACUUGGUUGAAAACGAUGGAACUCGCGAUUAUGUAUCGCGUGCAAAAGGAAAAUCCGGGGCAGAGCGAAGGCGCUGUCAAAGACAAGGCCAAAGAAUUGUUUUCUGUAUUGCGAGACAAUCAGCAGUUGGAGUACAGCUGGAAAUUUUACGCCCUGCCAACGAGUCCCUCAUUGCAAAUGACAACAACUGAUACAAGAUUGUGUAAAAGAGGAUGGACAAUGCAUCUCGCAACUUCGUCUUUAUCAAAGAGGGAGACGGCAGCCUUGACGCGUAUCAUCCGCGAAUACGGGAAUAGGUAUCCCAUAGCCACCACACACGACGUAUACAUGAACGAGGUGUUGCAGCUCACUCGCAACGAUUUUCUUUUACUCGCUGUAGAACGUCAGUGGUUAAACGACAAUGUCAUCAACUUUUACCUCAAUCUCAUAGCAUUGGACAACUGGUGUAGAAUACAACACGUAGAAUGCGACGCGGAGAAUGAGAUAGUUAUUAGAGAAGGAAAGGGUCGCAUUCCUAGAGUAUCGGUGCUGAGCUCAUUUUUGUUCGUCAAACUUUUCGACAAUGAAAUGAGAUAUAGAGGUCGAGAGGUAGAGCGCUGGUGUCAGGACGUUAUCAUAAGUGACAUGGACUUGAUUAUUGCUCCUUUCCAUAUCGAACACAAGAACCACUGGACCCUUGUCGUGGCUGACUUCAGGAGGAGGAAAUUCGAAUUUUACGACUCCCUCGACCCCGACAUGGAGUUGGCGAGAAAGGUGACCGGCGGGUUUGCAAAGUUUAUAUUCGAAAGAUCGAAAUCGCAAGGCAAAGAGGUGGACACGAAACCAUUCAAUCACAUAUGGAAUGUAGAGGGCAUUCCGAAGCAACACGACACGAACGAGUGCGAGGUCUUUGUGCUCACGUGCGCAUCACUCUUGGCACGGGGCCAACUUCCACCUUUCGUUUUCACUGCUGAUGAGAUACCCGCGAUACGUCGUCAAAUGGCUUUGGACACAAUGGCUCGUGAGUAGUGUGUAUAUGAUAAUCCAUAAUAUGAUUUGGAGGGGGGGGGGGAUGCCACAAGAUGGUUUGUGACAAAAACAAUGUAUAUAAGGUGUCAAAUAUUACUCGAUA